AGCACAAAAGGGGAAAAGGAGACCCUUUUGAAGAACAAAGGCCUCCCAUUAGGCUGCCGUGUUCUUUCUCUGACCAAAAUUGCUCCCUACAUGGUUUUUAUUGCUGUCCACAUGCUUGGCACAUAAGACUCAAGAAUGAACAAUCCGUCAGAAACCAGUAAACCAUCGAUGGAGAGUGGGGACGGGAACACAGGCACGCAAACAAAUGGCCUGGACUUUCAAAAGCAGCCUGUGCCUGUCGGAGGAGCAAUCUCUACAGCCCAGGCCCAGGCCUUCCUUGGGCACCUUCAUCAGGUCCAGCUCGCUGGAACAAGUUUACAGGCUGCUGCUCAGUCCUUAAAUGUACAGUCUAAAUCUAAUGAAGAAUCUGGGGACUCUCAGCAGCCAAGCCAGCCUUCCCAGCAGCCUUCAGUGCAGGCGGCCAUACCCCAGACCCAGCUCAUGCUGGCCGGAGGACAGAUCACCGGGGUAAGAGUUACCCAGGGAUGCUGCAGUCCCACACAGCUCACGUUGACGCCAGCCCAGCAACAGUUAUUGCUCCAACAGGCGCAGGCCCAGUUGCUGGCGGCUGCAGUGCAGCACUCAGCCAGUCAGCAGCACAGCGCUGCUGGUGCCACCAUCUCGGCCUCUGCUGCGACGCCGAUGACGCAGAUCCCUCUAUCUCAGCCAAUACAGAUUGCACAGGAUUUGCAGCACUUGCAGCAGCUUCAGCAGCAGAAUCUCAACCUGCAACAGUUUGUGUUGGUGCAUCCAACAACCAACUUGCAGCCAGCACAGUUCAUCAUCUCACAAACGCCGCAGGGGCAGCAGGGUCUCCUGCAAGCGCAGAAUCUCUUAACGCAACUACCUCAGCAAAGCCAAGCCAACCUCCUGCAGUCUCAGCCAAGCAUCACCCUUGCCUCGCAGCCAGCAACCCCAACACGCACAAUAGCAGCGACCCCCAUUCAGCCACUUCCACAGAGCCAGUCAACACCAAAGCGAAUCGACACUCCCAGCUUGGAGGAGCCCAGUGACCUUGAGGAGCUUGAGCAGUUUGCCAAGACUUUCAAACAAAGACGGAUCAAACUUGGAUUCACUCAGGGUGAUGUUGGGCUCGCUAUGGGCAAACUCUAUGGAAAUGACUUCAGCCAAACUACCAUCUCUCGCUUUGAAGCCUUGAACCUCAGCUUUAAGAACAUGUGCAAGUUAAAGCCACUUCUGGAAAAGUGGCUCAAUGAUGCAGAAAACCUCUCAUCUGAUUCAACUCUCUCCAGCCCAAGUGCCCUGAAUUCUCCAGGGCAAGGGAUCGAAGGCUUGAACCGUAGGAGGAAGAAACGCACCAGCAUAGAGACCAACAUACGUGUGGCCUUAGAGAAGAGUUUCCUGGAGAACCAAAAGCCUACCUCGGAUGAGAUCGCCAUGAUAGCUGACCAGCUAAACAUGGAGAAGGAGGUGAUCCGCGUUUGGUUCUGUAACCGGCGCCAGAAGGAGAAAAGGAUCAACCCACCCAGCAGUGGUGGAACCAGCAGCUCGCCCAUCAAAGCAAUUUUCCCUUGUCCAACCUCACUGGUGGCAACCACGCCAAGCCUUGUGACUAGCAGUGCAGCUACAACCCUGACUGUCAACCCCGUGCUCCCUCUGGCCAGUCCUGCUGUCACCAGUCUGUCAGUCACAGGCACAACAGAAACCACCUCCAACAACACGGCAACAGUGAUUUCAACAGCACCUCCAGCUUCUUCAGCAGUGACAUCACCCUCCCCGAGCCCUUCCCCUUCUGCCUCAGCCUCCGCUUCAGAGGCCUCCAGUGCCAGUGAGACCAGCACAACACAGACAACCUCCACUCCCUUGUCCUCCCCUCUCGGGACCAGCCAGGUGAUGGUAACGGCAUCAGGGUUGCAAACGGCGGCAGCGGCCGCGUUACAAGGAGCUGCACAGUUGCCUGCAAAUGCAAGUCUUGCUGCCAUGGCUGCUGCAGCAGGGCUAAACCCAGGCUUGAUGGCAUCCUCGCAGUUUGCAGCUGGAGGUGCCUUACUCAGUCUCAAUCCAGGGACAUUAGGUGGUGCUCUCAGCCCGGCCCUGAUGAGCAACAGUACACUGGCAACUAUUCAAGCUCUUGCAUCCGGUGGCUCUCUUCCAAUAACAUCACUGGAUGCAACUGGAAACUUGGUGUUUGCCAAUGCUGGAGGUACCCCUAACAUCGUCACUGCCCCUCUGUUCCUGAACCCUCAGAACCUUUCUCUGCUCACCAGCAACCCAGUUAGCUUGGUCUCUGCAGCUGCAGCCUCCGCAGGGGCCUCUGGACCAGUCGCCAGCCUUCAUGCCACCUCCACCUCAGCCGAGUCCAUCCAGAACUCUCUCCUCACAGUGGCCUCUGCCAGCGGGGCCACGUCCACCACCACUACUGCCUCCAAGGCACAGUGAGCCGGGCUGGGCUCUGCUCCAGCAGCCUGGGUCACUGUGCGCUGGGAUCGGCUGCCAGCCCGGCCGAUGAACUGAAAAUGCCGUGGGCAUCCUCUCGCCGUGUUGCUGGGGACAAGAGAGAGAGAGAAAGAGAGAGAGAGAGAGAGAAGGAAAAAGUAUUUAAAAAAACAAAACAAAAAAAAACCAAAAAAAAAAAAGGAGAAAAAAAAAACAAAAGCAAAACAGGAAGGAUUUAAAGCUGGGACAGACAUUUGCCUAAUUUUAUAAUAAACACUGUCUUUUCAGGAUCGCUUCAUGGAUCGGAGAACUUUCUAACCAAAAAUGUAAAAAAAAAAAAAAAACCACAAAAAAACUAAAAACCGCAAAAACACAAAAAAAGUGAAAGGACUACUUAUCAUUUCCAGCAGUCACAAUGACAAGUUAAGGUGGGUUAUCAGUUCAAACAUAGGAAGGGGAUUUCUUGGUUUUUUUGGUCUAAAUAUCUUUCUUUUUUAAUUAUCAUUUUAUAGGUCUGUUGUACAGGCCAUUAUGUCAUACAAGGUGUUUAUAAUCGUAUCAAUCAUGUUGGGGGUUCCUUUCUUAACUGGUACAAUUUAGGCAGGCCUGUAUUACUGGUGUAUCUCUAUUAUUAUUAUUAUGAUUAUUAUUAUUAUUAUUUUUAUAUAUAUAGUUUGGACGCGUUUGUCUUUUGCUCCUGGAUUAUUUUCAGCGAGCUCCCACACCAUGGGGGGAGGGUGGGGGGGUGGAGAGGAAGAAUGGAGCACAAAUAGACUUUCUAUCCUAAUCUUCUGGAAAUGUUCUGAACAGUUUCCUCAUCCUUGAAUUUGUCUAAUGCCUACUUGUAGGGGUCAGAAGAAUUUACAUUCAUCAUUUGUGCAGGAAGCUCAUUGCAGCAGCAGAGAUCAUUGUGUGCAAACUUCCAGGCUGGUCUCUGCUUUGUAAGCAGAGGUAGGAAUUUGCUCCAAACUGCCAUUCUUCUCCUCUCAAAUAUUUAGACAAAACAGCCAAAUUCUGCUCUUAGCUUCGUGUGCGUGGUUCCUUUUACUUCAGAGAGCAGGAUGUGACCUCCCGAGUGUGGAUUGUGUGACAAUACUGAUGGCCCUUCUGUUCCAGUGAUUUCGUUUUGCUGUGCAAAAGCACACACAAAUAUUUAAAAAACAUCAUGACCCAGGCUAAUUGGCAGCAUGUAAAGCAGCAUCUAGAGUCCUAGAUACCCUCUAGGUGAGUUGGUACCGGAUUUCAGAAGGUCACAUUCUCCCCAUUCAUAGCAAUAUUCCUUUUCUGAUGCUUCCAACACUAUUUAGAAGAGCUUCCUAGUAAAAAAAAAAACAAGUGCUUCUGGCUGCAAAAGACAGAAGCCAGUACUAUGGGAACAGAAGGUGCCAUUGUUAAUGCCAACACAGCAGAGGCACUCUGGGGCUUUGCACACCCCGCGCUGAUCUCGUGUGAGCCCGGCACUGCAACUCACUUGUUAAGUUUGAUUCUGAUCUGUGGAGCAGAGGAUAUUUUUGUGGAUGAGGAAGGAGUAAUGAACUGUACAGAAGUUAGACCCGUAUAUUCUUAAAUAUACAAUCCAGUAUCUGAACCAAAAAAGAAAAAAGAUUUUUAAAGAGAGAAGACUGGAUCACUGCAAUGCAGUUCACGUUAAACUUUCCAUUCCUGAUGGAUUUAAAGGUUUCUGCCAUGUGUAAAAAACUAAAUUACUUUUAGCUAGUGAGGGUAUUAGAAGAGUCCCUUUCCCACCCACCCCCUUUUCUUUUGUCACCAGAGUGUCCUAAAAUAAUGAGCUGAUGCAGCUAUGUUCGUUUUGUUGAUGAUUCAGGGGGAUCCUGGAGCUUCUCAUCCAAGAUCCGGAAGGCAGCAACUUUAAACUCCACUCAUGCUUUGGUUUGUGGCCCGAGCAUGUGGGAGUUGUGUUUGCACUCAAGUGGCAGAACCCCUUAUCUCUCCCCCCACCACCAUGGUUUUGCUCUGUUCAUCUCUAACUCUCCACCUUCCUGUUUUACUGAUAUUUAAACCAAUUACCCCUAAAAUGUCAAAACUAGUGAACUGCAAGCAGGGAAACUAACAAAUGUCCGUCCACCGUUUCUUAUGUGUUUUUGAUUUUUUUAUGUUUUAUUUUUUUAAAACUAAGCUUGAACCAAAGUCAAUUUCUAGCAAGCUGCUGUACUAAUGGACUAGUUUGUGUAAGUGCAGUUCAGAUGCAGAGAGGCGAUAGAUGCUACUGACAAUUUCUUUUUCAUUUGUCUUUUGUUUUUAUUAAUUUUAUAUAAAAGUUGCUGCUUGUUUUUAAUCUUUUUUUUUUUUGGUUGGUAAUUUGUGUUAUCCUUGGGGCAGACUCUUAACUUGAUUUUAAUUUGUUUUCUUUUAUUUGAUGUGUAAAUAGAAUGGCAAUGUCAGAGGAUUGUUAAUCCAAGAGGUCUCACCUUUAUCCCCCCAGUAUGGAUGAAUCUCUGUAUUUUUGAUAUGUCUCUACGUCUUCAGGCUGUGCAGGAGACUUUUAGGGCUAUGAAUAAUACUGCAAAAAUGGCAGUGGCCCACAGUAAAAGCUUCAGAGCAGCAACAGGUACAGCUGGGUGAGCUUCAGGGAGGUAGGGAAAAAGUAGAAGAGAAGAUGCUGGUACCCACUGUGCUGGUCUGGAGGCCACAGCACGGUCUGUAGUUUCUACCAAAGGAAUGCAAGUCCUUGGACUUGUUUUGAGUGAAGUAAGAGGAUGGGGAAAACCGCAGCUGUAGCGUUUGUUCCUGACUCUGAAAGUCCCUGCUUACUUUCACGCCUGUGCAAAAGUACAAUUUAUCAGGAAGCUUUUUUUGGUAGGGGGGGACCACCGGGCUCGUCUCUGGUGGAUCCCCUCCUCCCCAAGGGUUUUGUGGUGGGGUGGGGGGCGUGGUCCUUGCAGAUAUCUAGGAAACACAAAGAAAGGUGGGCCUUAAAUCAGUGGAAAAUCCUCUCUCCACAGUUCCAGGAGACUGUGCCAUUAGCUGUCUGAAUGAGUUUUCAUGUCCCAUUCUUGCUGGUUUGUGGUUGGGAGAGGGUCUUGUUGAGUACAUAUCUGGAACACUAAUGCAGCUUGGAUGGUUUAUUUAUUAUAAAAAUCUGCUUUUUUUCCUGACUACCUUUGCAUUGGUCACAUGGCUUUGGUGUGAGCACCUUAUACCCCUUUCUUUACCCUCCUCUUCUCUACCCCUUCACCCUAUCUGGGGCCCAGAUUCCAGGGAAUUUCUUAGCGAGUUUUUUUUUCUGAGAGAAACUGGAAACUCAGAGUAGUCACAUAUCCAAAAAAACUUGGUUUUGUUUGCAGAAACUGACAUAAUACCCAAACAGCACAUAUCCCAUGGCAUCCAUUGCCAGUGUGCUCUGAUUCUUUGUCCCCUAAAACAUCCCUGUGACUGACUGACUGUUGUUCCUGGAGCCUACCUGCCAUCCCUAUCAGUGUUUUUCCUCAUGGGUGCUGGCUACCUCCAGUGUUUAGGUGAAAGACAGAAAUCAGACUGGCAGUGGGUGUACAUCUGCCAAGUUAGAGUGCAUGUGCUCCUUCAGAGAAUGAAAGGAAUAUGAGAUCAUGUACCAGAAUUUAGCAGAAGUUUCUUUUUUAAAUCAUAGUCGUGCUGGCAGCAGAAAUUGAUGCAUCUGAAAAGAAACAAUAACAAUUGUGUACAGACCCAGUAAAUAUGAUCACAGAAAGUUUGGUGGUGUUUUAGAAAAGGAUAAUAGCAUCUCUUUUUCAGACUUCCAUGGCUCUGUAUUUAAAGGUGAGAGGGUUGCUUUUCAUAGUUGCAAGCAAGUACCUAGGCAAGAAAAGAUAAGGUGAAAAGCUCUCCCUGCAGACAGGGGUAGUUCAAAAAGCAAGAGAUUUCCAGGAACACAAACACAGAUAUGCCCGGAAGGUCAAAAACAAUUUAGAGAAUGGCUUCAGGAGUUGGUCUUGUACCUUGGUGAUGACAUUUUUUUUCUGAUCUUAAGAAAAACACGUUUGUCUUUAGCACACUUGGUCACCUUAGAACCCACUCCACAGUCACCGUGGAAGGAUUCACAAACAGCCCAAAGAAAGUACACACAGGUGUGGCUGCUUACAAUUGUUACAUCUGCUUACUUUUCCUACAGAGCAUUUAUUUUGUUUCUGAGUUGCUCUACAACACCUGUUAGUUGAAGUACGUUUUUAUCAAUCACUGUGAGGUGGUGUGGAUGUGACAUCUCCUAGAACUGUGACCUAAUGUUCAAAUGCCACCUCUGUAAGCCUCACACAGGGUGCUUUGACACAUUUCUGCAGUUGAGUUAGUGAAGGACACAGGAGAGUUAAUUCCUUAAGUCUGUGCACAUUCCUGCAAAGCAGUGUUCCUUAAAAUGGGAAUUCCCUCUUUUUUUGUUGUUGUUGCAAAUGGAGCAGCACAACCAUUACAGCUGGAGCCAUACCACAGAUACUAAACCAAAGCAACAUCUAAUUUACCUUAAAUAUUAAGUCAUAUUUUCUUAGAUAUAGAAAUAUAUAAAGAUACAAAAUUAUCUUAAAAAGACAGGUAGCUUCUCAUGGUCAUUAGAGUGUUUUAGGACAGAUAAAAUGCAUGGUCCAAACUUUCAAUGAUUCUUGGUUUUAAACUGGAAGUUGAAAAUGUAGAUGUUUUUAUUGCCACAUUAACUUUACAAAGAGUCACUGUUCCCUAUUCCUGUUCUGCCUGAAAUGUUUAAAUGCUGUUUCUCCACACCCUGUACCCCAGCAGGGCCUGUCUGUCCCUGUUGGAUGUUGCCUAGGGUGGAGUAUUACCAAAGGAAUAAGCUGGCCUGCUGCUCCCCAAUGCAUUUAUGGUUGUCUGUUCUCACACAGCCAGCUCAAAUCCCUUUCUAUUUUUGCAACCAGGACAUCUGCCCUCUCCCUCCCAAAGUACUAUAGCAAUACAGAAUUCAAGAUACCUACCUUGCACACGUCCUGCCCUUCUCACUCAUUACAUCUCUUGUUGCUGCUUGUGAGUUUCUCUCUUCCUUCCAGAGGGGAGUCCCCUAAAAUACUUUAAAGAUAUUUGACAGGGAAGAUUUUGUCAAGAAGUUGUUGGUUCACUGUUCACAGUUUCUUAAGAUGCUCAUAUCUUUGUCUCCACGAUGUGAGUGGUACCUGGCUCCCUCUGUGUCAGUGCAAGCAGUUUCAGUGCUUUUGGAACGAUGAAAAGCAAUUCCUCUAUUUGCAUAUCUUCACACAUGGACGCAGUAAUGCACAGAAGAAACCUUGAUUUUUUUCAACUUACCUGUCUGCAUUUGAUCUGUCUGCCACUUCUCCCAGGAUACUCCAAGUGGGGACAUGCUCUGAAUUUUUACCCCUGUUGGGAUGCUGUUAGGAGGGCGUUAGGGAGAUUGCACUGAAAUUACAAAUAGUUUAACUGUGGGAGAAAAGGCAUCUUUUAUUCACACAGACAAAUAAGGUCAGCAUGUAGAACGCAUCAGGUACUUCUUUUUUGACCAAAUUCCUGAACAUGAAGCAGCUACUGAGCUUUGUCUUGGGGCUGCUUUUAGGUCCAUCAGUGAUGCCCUGCUAAGAACCGUCCAUAACUGGAAUAAUCUGGGCCCCCUUUCUCCCUCCCUGUCUCUGUCCCUCUGCCUCUUUCCCUCCUUGCUCCUUCCCCGUCUUCCCUCAGCGAAAGGUAGCACCAUACAGCUCUGAGAACAAUACUUGUGGGUAGCAGCUGGCUUCUGGCACCUUCAUAAAAUACCUCAGCAUAGCUUAGCAUUGUCGCAGAACUGGUUUUAAACUGAAAAAAUCAGAAGAGAAAAGCAAACUUUAUAAAUAGUGGAGAUAAUUCUAGCUGUAGAGUUUAGUUGAACUGAUGGUUUAUUAUGAUUGAUAAACAUGAUUAUGCUGUAUGUAUUUGAGAUCCUGUUUAUAGGUUACAACUUUAUAGGGUCGGGUGGGGGUGGGUGGAUGUUGGGGGCAGAGAAGGGGGUUUGACUGUGUUAGAAGGAAAAUGUUUGCUCAUAAAUUUUUUUCCUUGUAUCUGUCUUGCCAAAGGAAACAUUUUGUCGCUCCUGGGUUUGGGAUUGUUGUUUGGUUGGUUUAUCUGUGGUCUAAUCUGCAGCACAGCACGUGGUGGCAUGCAGGUUACUGAUGGGGUUGCUGUUCAGGGUCCUUUCGAGUGUGCACACACUUCCCUCCCUCUUGGCCUUUCCUUGCCCCUCGCUGGGAUCUGAAGAUGAGGCAACAAAUAUCGAGGAGGCUCGAGGGAGAGAUGGCUGUACUGGGCUGGGAUCGACCUCGGGGCUGUAAAUCCGUUUCAGUUGAGUUGAGUUGCUCCAGAGCUGAACUGGGUCCGCUGUGUUUAACUCCAGGGAGGGACAAGAAUGGUUGUCGCAUCUUAAUCUAUCUGGGAGAGCAAAAGUGAAACAGGUUCCUUUUAUCCCCCUUGUCUUGUUACUGAAUGUAGGGCUUGUAGUGCUUGAUAAUAGGUGGAAAACUUUUUAAACACUUCCUUUUCUAAUAGCAAUGCUAAUCCUGUCUAGACCAAAAACUAUGAAAGAAAAAACCAAACAGAGAGGUGAAAGCUAACCUACUCCUAACACCUGGCUGGUCUGCCUGAAAGGGUUGAAAUACUGUGAGACGGUUGUGGGAGAGGAGCUUUGAGGUGUUGUUGGCGAGGGACCAGGUCGUUCUCCUGGCCGAUGUCUCGGUGUUGUGGUGGCAGUAGCAGAAGAGCGAGUGGUUCUUGCCUUGGGGGGUGUUGCAGCCAGCUCCGUGUGGGCUCCAAGGCUCCCUGCCCGUUUCCCCCGAGGCUGCUGGAGCGGGGGAGGAGGGCAGGGUGUGCGUGGGUGGGUGCGUGUGGGAGUGCGUGUGAGCGCCAGCCGGCGCCGGCUGCGUGCGGGAGCGAGAGCUGGCUUUCUAAAGGAGCUCGACUCCGCUGGGGAGGGACAAUUCCCGGUGGCCUCGUAGGGAACCAAAGGCACUGAUAAGUUGUCAGCUCUGCUGUUCUCAGAGCGGGUAAGAGGAAAAGCUGGGUGGGGGUUUUUUGAGCUUUGGGUCAGUGUCCCUUCCUCUAAGGACCUCAUCUCUUGCGGGUACUCCCACCUUUUCUGCAUGGAGUUGCAUCGGCUCUGUGAAGACAAACGGUGUCUGGGGUUUGCCCAGCGCUGCAGGUCUUAGGCUGAUGUUGGGAUACAGUCAGGGAAAACUGUUUCUUUCCUUCAAAUGUGGAAGCAGUGUAGUCCAAGGUCAGAGUCUGUUCAACAGCUUCUGCAGAUGGUCUUUCUCUUAAGGGAGGGACCUUGAAGAUUCCUUUCUUUGCUCCCCAAAGUAGCCUUGUACAUGUUCAUGUGUCGUGCUAUUGGGCUGAGCUGUUUUAUCAGUGAACUUGGUGAGCUCUUGUGAAGAAAGGGAGGGAGGAAGGGGGAGAGCGGGUUGUCCAGCUACUCUUCCUCCGGACACCAAUCGGGUUGCAGAACUUCACUGAAAGCUUUACUAAUAGAAUUGUUGUUCUGACAUUAUGUAAAAGUGGUAUUAAUAUUGUGUGACUUUUCAAAGAGCUAGUUAGAUUUAUAGAUAGGUAAUAGGGAUAUUGAAGAAAUGACUUUUCAAAGAAAAGAGCACUUGGAACAAAAGAAGUGGAAAACAAGGUGUGCUUUAUGGAAAACAAAUCUGAGGAAGGAAAUGAAACAGCUUGUGGGAGGCGAGGGAAGAUGAUACCUUUGGCGUUCCUUAGUGCUGCUGAGGCUCAGCCCCAGAACUGGAACAUACCCCCUCUGCCUUAUUUCAUCUCUCUACCAAACAGGACAUUGUCUAGUAGCUCAGACCAAAAUGCUGAUCUGUCUUAAAACUGUGUCGGUCUGCUGGGGAAUAUUCUCUAGCAGAGCUUUACAUGAUGCCGUAAGAUACUUAAUUUAUCACAUUAGCUUCCCCUUCCCUCCCAAAAUUGUCUUAUCUGUUGUAGGCCCCACUUCAGGAUUCAAACUGCCUUUGGGGAAUUCUGUGGCAGCAGCUACAGAAGCCCUAUUCCCUGAAUGUCAUAACUUCGUGUGCGUUCCAAGCCGGCACGUUGCGGUGCUAUAAAACCCUGCAGUUAUUGAACAGUAGGAAUCCUAAGCCCUUAGGGAAUGCCAUGCCAAGGGGCAACUCGUGGAGAUCGCACAACCCCCUUGAGAAACGAUUUAGGAACACGAGCACCCGUGACAGUGUCCUGAGAACAAGGCAGUUGAGACAAAACCUUGAGUUCUUCCCCCAUUCACUCUCCAUGUGUCGGCCUCUGUGACCCUGGGGCUCCCUGCGAGUCCGAGGGGAAAAUGCAAAGAGAAAGACUUGGAGCUCAGGGCCGCGAGUUCCCGGGGAGCCGGGCAGCGCUGCGGGGCCGCUCGGGGAGGGCUGGAGCAGCCCCGGCCCCGCGUGCCCCCCGUGUGCCCCCUGUGUGCCCAGGGCCCGGGCAGGAGCUCCUUCGUCCCCGCCAGUGCCGUUGUUCCAUUUCCUUCCUCUGUGGUAGUAUCUAAGGCUAGGUGUGAGUAGGUGUGGGGUGUUUAUCCGCCACAGGUACAGGAGCUGUCGUAUACCUCAUUUCUAACUCGUAACUGAGUAACUUGCUUUAACUUUCUCCAAACCCCACAGAGUUGCCAAGUCUGCCCUCCCUCCUUUGAUUAACACUGAACUCUGGCCUAUAGCACCCCGUGACCUGCAACCUGGGGAGUGACCCCCUAACGCCUCUGAAUGUCGCUGCUUAAAAGCUACUGCAAAGUGAGGGCAAAUUGCAAUCUUAUCUUAUUUCCUUUGGUUACAAGGGGUCCUCUUGAUUAGUCUGUGAAUAUCCACCCCCUCCCCUCCACUCUCCAUGGAAAAGGUCCACCCACGCUGCCUUUUCCCACCCCAGAGCCACGCUGAGCUCCAGGGCCUGGAGGCACUCUCAGCCCAGUGCUGCAUACAUGCUACUCACUUUUUAACAUGACCAAAAAAGAAAAGAAAAAAAAAAGGAAAAAAAAAUAGAAAUCUCCAAAUACUUAAUUUUCUUCUUUAUUAUUUGACAAUCCUGUAUCCCUUCCCCACUCCCCAACUGGCCAGAAGCUGCAUCCUUAACCCGGUCCAUCUUUAUUUGAAUGUAGUUCCCCUACCCCCAUGGGAAAGAGAAGCUUUGUCAGGUCACGGUGGCUGCUAUAAGUCGGGAGGGGGCGGUUUCUUUGUUUUGUUUUGUUCUUUUAAAAUUUCCAGCCAAAACCAAAGAUUUCCUAAUGAUUGUAUAAACUCAAAACAAACAAACAAACCAAAGACAAAGGGCGUCUUCAGCACCAAGCCCACCUGUGAGGCCGGGCUGGCCUGGGGCCGGCCCGGGGCUCCAGAAGGCCCCGGGCAGCAGCUCCCGGCCCCAGGGUGAAAUCCAAUCCGGGGCACAGGGCUGGGAAGGGAGCCGGGGCUUCGCAGGUGGGUUGAGGAGCUGAAGACUUGGGUGCAGGAUUGGCUGCUCUGCUGGGUGCUUUAACCCUCUGGGGGCUGGGUGAUGUUGAUUAAUACACGCUGAGGUGCACUUCUGAGCUUCCCCCCCCUUCACUGCUUGGAAGAGGCUGUCCUGUUGUGAGAAAUCCCUGAAAGAAGAAGAAGCAGCUUUUCAUUUCUCCUCUAGUUCCUUUUUUCUAGAUUUCUUUUAUUUUUGCAGCACCACUGUGCAACUAUGCAUUGUAUUUCUCAACCUUUUAUGCUAGGUAGAUGCCUGUGACUUUUUAACUUUUGGGGGGGAUUGCAAAUGGAGGAACUUUUUACAUGGAUCUUUUUAAUCUCAGUUGAUUGGGGGGUGUUUGGUUCUAGGGUCAGACAAGCUCUAUCCCAAAGCAAAAUCCAAAUGUUAAUAUUAUUAGCCUGAUGCAGAUACCAAAGAUAAUUUCUUUCCUGCAGAACCUUAGACUUGUGUAUUAAGUACGAUUACCCAGCACUUGCAUUAGUCUAACCUCAGUAAUUCCAAAGCUUAGAUGUAUAUUUUGGUAUAUUUCUGGGAUAUUAAAAAAUUGUCGUUUAAAUUCUUGUUUGUUUCAGUGUAAUGCUCUUAAAGUCAUAGCAUGGAGAUAACUGAACUUGUCCUAUUCUUAGUAGUUUGAAAUAAUAGUAUUUUUGUAUGUUUUGGGUGUGUCUAUGUAUGUAUUAACAUAACGGUUUUCACUGCCUAGGUGUUCAUAAAUAAUAAUAAAAGAAAAACCAACUACAAAGGGUUUUUAAACUGUACAUAAUAUUCCGUGAGGAAUUUCCACCAGACCGCCAAUUUGGAUUGCAUUUUCACUGAUGGCCGCUCCCAACUGGGAUUCUUUCUUUCUUUUUAAAGAGACAGCAUGUUCUUUUGUUUUCCCCACUGACCUGAGGUUCUUUCUCAGUGCAAAGGGGGUUUCACUGUUUUUAAGGGGUGGGCCAAAGAGGAAGUAGCUUAAAUUUUGUUUUAAAAAAAGUAUUUAACGUGUUAGUUUGAAAACUACCCCUUUGUAUGAAGAAUUGGGAGUGGAAAACCAAGCCCUUUCUUCUAAAUCUGAACAUAAUUUUCAAGGAAAUGAGGAUUUGUGAAUGUCUCUAGUGUCUGGGCAGUCCCUUUUUUGCUUUUUUUCUAAAUAAGACAAGUUUUUGGUCCUAAUGGUUUCACUGCUCUGUGCAACUGCCUGCUUACACUGGCUGGGAGGUUUUUUUUUCUCUUGGCCUUCCUCAUACACUGCAUUUCUACACUUGAGGUCAGCAGAACACUUGAAAUCAAGGGCCAUUGUGGGAGUACCCUACCCAAACGCAACCCAAGCUUCUCUUGAGACUGAAAUGUGAGAGUCCCACACAUUUCAAAACCUUGCUGAUCACACUAAGGGUGAGGAGGAAGGCGAAAUGCUGUCUCUUUAAAGAUGCCCUAUAUUAUUAUUAUAUUAUUAUUAUUAUUAUUUUCCCAGUGGUUGCCUACAGAUAGCUGUAGGCAUUGAGAGAUUGUGUAGAUUACAGUAAAUCAGAAUGAAAAGGUAGAUUUUGUGUAGAUGCAUUUGUCUGCUGUAAUUUUUUAUAUAUAUUAAACUUACUGUAAUUGUACAGUUCAUUUCUGUUGUAAACAUCAUUAAACCAUUUUCCAAGUGUUUUAACA